AUGGUUAUCAACUUGAGCCUGAGCUCUUCGCCUCCAGUGGGCAGCUCGGCUAUAGGCACGUCGCCUAUCAGAGGCACCCGUCGCAGUGACGAUACCGACGAGCUCGCCGACGAGACGAUUCCUUGCUCGCCGUUCCAGACACAAGCCACGCAGAUAGUCAACCGGACCUCACUUGCGUCCCCGUCAAAGCCGCAUUCCGAUCUGUCCUCCUCCCCUUCUUCGCGCUCGGUUAUCGAGGUCCCCGCUUCGUCGCCUUUUCAGCCGGACAAGACGUCUACCAUCUCGAGCUACUUCUCGCGUCUCGUGCCCCCGGGCUCGCGUUUCCAGCCGCCCCCAAAGUCACAGCCGACCCCGAGGUCGCUGAAAAGACCCUCGGAGGAACCCAUUAUUGUGGACUCUUCAGACGACGAGAACAACCGCAGUUCUCGUGAGAACAUCGCCCGGACUUCGUUCAAGAGACAUGUCACCAACUUCGAAUACAUCCCUGUGGACAAGCUGCAGAAGAAAAUUGAACAAGUCUCCCAGGCUCUCGGCAGUACAAUGCCGGUUCAAUUCUGCAAGGAGGCACUGACCGCAUGCCACAAUAACGUUGAGGAUGCAAUCAACUACUUGUUGGAGGCUCGUCAUCUGAAGCCCAAGGCCAACCCCCUACUGAGUUGUAAGAAACCAGCCAUCACCGUGGGAAAUGAAAGACCAGUGAGCCUGGAGCGAAAAAUCAGUCGAUAUGACGAGCCUAGUAAACCGAAACUGCUUGGCCGCCAUACCCCAAGCCUGCCAACCCCUUCACGAAGUACCACGCCCUCGCCAUCCAAGCCAAAGCGCCGGCGCUUGAUACAAGGUCGUCGCCCCGACCGAUCUCCUAUCGCAUCGCAACACAUCCAGGAAAUUGAACCGACGUUGGACGAGCUCGCGGACGAGAGGUUGGACGAGCCAAUCGUCAUCCCAGAUGACAAUGAAGACGAGGACUUUGAUAACGAGGAUGAAGUGAACGAGGCGGUGAAAGAGAGUUUGCAUGACAAGGCUCUUCAGGCUAUCAACAGCAGCUCCAUCGAGGAUCUGUCAGCCAUGACAAAUAUCAAACUGGACGAGCUCAGAGUCAUUGAGACUAAGAGACCCUUCGACACCAUCGACGAGGUUCAGGCCGUGACUGUCCUCAAGAAAUCAGGCGCGCGCGGCCGGAAGCCCAGGGUCGCGAUCGGAGAGACACUAGUUGACGCGAUCAUGGAGUUUACUCGCAGCGUCAACGCCAUUGACGAGGUUGUAGCCGAUUGCGAGAAGAAGGCGAACAAGGUCAAGCAAGAGAUCAGCCUCUGGGAUCUCGACGUCAAGGGGCAGAAACGGAGCUCCCAGAGUUCCCAGGCCAAGAAUGAUAUGCCCCUGACGCCGACAAGCUUCCAGGGCCAGAAGCUUUCGGAGCCCCCGAUUCCAUGCCAACCGAAAAUGAUGGAGGGCCACUGCACUAUGCGUCCCUUUCAGGUGUUUGGUCUGAACUGGAUGUCCCUUCUAUACAACAGUGGUUACGGAUGCAUUCUGGCCGAUGAAAUGGGUCUGGGCAAAACUUGUCAGGUCAUCUCUUUGAUCUGUCAUCUCGUGGAGAAUUACGAAGAGACUGGACGGGGCGACCGACCCUGGCCCAAUCUCGUCGUUGUGCCGCCAUCAACCUUUUCCAACUGGAUGGUUGAGUUCCAGCGCUUUGCCCCUGGUCUUUCGGUUCUUGCCUACCAAGGUCCCCAAGCCGAGCGCAGGGACAUUGCAUACGAAAUGCUUGACAACCCCGGCGACUACCACGUUGUCUUGACGACGUACACGCAAGUUGGUUCCGAGGAUGAUCUGGAGGCUCUCCGAGAGCUUCAGCCCGCUGCUGCAAUCUUUGACGAAGGUCACAAAAUGAAGAACCCCAAAACGAAGAUCUACAAAGACCUCAUCAGAAUCAAAGCUCGUUGGAGGAUGCUACUCACCGGCACUCCUGUCCAGAACAACUUGAUGGAGAUGCUCUCUCUUUUGAAUUUUAUCGACCCGAAGCAGUUCAGUGGCCGGAUGGAUCAACUCCAGUACAUGUUCAGUCAAAAGGUUACUAUUCGUGACGUCAACAACGGUGCCUUCCUAUACGGAGAACGUGUCAGCCGAGCCAGGACCAUUCUUGAGCCUUUUAUCUUGCAACGCCGCAAGCAGCAGGUGCUGUCCGACAUGCCAUCCAAGACCUGCAACGUGGCAUAUUGCGACCUGGCGCCGGUGCAGAAAGAGCUGUACGAGGAGUACGAGCGUCUCUUCAAGGCCGGUCCGGCCAAGAAGACAAAUACCGGACGCCAGAGCGACCAGAACAACAGCUGGAUGCAACUUCGAAAGGCUGCCAUUCACCCCCAACUCUUCCGGCGAUAUUUUGACAACAAGAAGGUUGAACAGAUGGCCAAGAUACUGAUGAGAGAUGUGCCUCAAUCGGAGCUGCAACAGCCGCGGCUCGACCACUUGAUUGGGGAGCUGAAGAAUUCAUCUGACUUUGAAUUACACCUCUGGUGUCGCGACUAUGCCUGCAUCAGGCACCUUGAUGUACCUGAAGGUUCUUGGAUGGAUAGCGGCAAAGUCACUAAGCUGCUCCAACUCAUUCAUCAAUACCGUGACAACGGCGAUCGCGUUUUGGUUUUCAGCAAAUUUGCAAAGGUCAUCGAGAUCCUUCGCGAGGUCCUCCAUACCGAUGGGAUCAAACACUGUGUUCUGUACGGCCAAACUAGCGUUGGAGAGCGUCAGGACCUGAUUGACGACUUCAACAAGGACAUCGAUAUCACUGCUUUCCUGCUCACGACCGGUGCCGGCGGUACCGGCAUCAACUUGACGUCAGCAAACAAGAUCAUCAUCUUCGACCAGUCCGACAAUCCGCAAGACGACAUCCAAGCCGAGAACCGCGCUCAUCGUCUGGGUCAGACCCGUGACGUCGAGGUCAUCCGUCUUUUGACGGCUCACACCAUCGAAGAGCUCAUCUACAAGGCAUGUCAGAAGAAAAUUGAGCUCGCUGAAAAGGUCACCGGCGCAGUGGAAGACGUGGAAGACAAGAACGCAGAGGAAAACUUGGAGAAGGAGGUUCGGAAGAUGAUGGCGGAUCAGAUGACGCCCUCAUGA